UUUAGGGCCUCAGGAGGAGGAGAAGGGGGAGGAGGAGGAGGUAAAGGCAAAGGAGGAAAGACGCGGACCCGAAGCAACGGCGGGACGGGUAACACCAUGAAUCCGUUGUGACGCGCAAGUAGAGCGGUGUCGGGGAGAAAGAAGAAUAGUGAGCAGUGGAGUUUUUCGCCAUGAACCUGAGGGGCCUCUUCCAGGACUUUAACCCAAGUAAAUUCCUUAUAUAUGCUUGCUUGCUGCUGUUUUCAGUGCUUUUGGCCCUUCGGCUAGAUGGCAUCAUUCAGUGGAGUUACUGGGCUGUAUUUGCUCCAAUAUGGCUGUGGAAAUUAAUGGUCAUUGUUGGCGCCUCAGUUGGAACAGGAGUCUGGGCACGAAACCCUCAGUAUCGAGCAGAAGGAGAAACCUGUGUGGAGUUUAAAGCCAUGUUGAUUGCCGUGGGGAUCCACCUGCUUCUUUUGAUGUUUGAGGUUCUGGUCUGUGACAGGAUUGAGAGGGGAAGCCAUUUCUGGCUUCUGGUCUUCAUGCCGCUGUUCUUUGUCUCCCCAGUAUCUGUGGCAGCCUGUGUGUGGGGAUUUCGACAUGACAGGUCACUUGAGUAUGAAUUUCUUUCCAAUCAUUUCAACGGAGUUGAGAGAGCGACUCUGAGGCCAAGCAGGUAUACCUCUUUCAUGUAUCAGUUCUUUGACUACAUGAAAAUAGCUGUCAUGCUUUGGCCUGCCCACAGUCUCCUCCUUUUCUUUAGGCUCAACAUCUUUGUUCCCUUCAUCCAGUCCUCUGAUGGCAUCGUGGAAACGCUUUUCAUUCUCCUAGUUGCCUUCUCUGGAUGCUUUCAAGCUUAUACCAAUGUCUUUUCCUAA